UCUAGUUCACAAGGAAAUGAAAGAAAAUUCCUGUAGUAAGGGUUAAAUAAAUAAAAAGUUAUGUACAGAAUAAUAUUUUACGUGGUACUAAUUGAACAGUGCUUCGGGAAGGUGCUUCUGGAUCAGAAAUCAGAUGAAAGUAUGGGGAUGAUCAAUGUUGUGGAUCUCACCAAAGCUACAACUUGGAAGGACCUGUCGUCGUAUUACACGGCUGUGGAGAAACAUUGGAAGAUGUGCAUCAACUGCGGCGUCCCCGGCCUGGGCACAGCCAUGCACCUGGACUUCGCCAACUCGGCGCCAGGGUCCAUGCAUCCCGCGAUCAUACCGAUGGAGUUUCUUCUGACGAGAUUAUCGAUCAUCGACGUCAGUUCGCUGACCAGGCUGCACCCAUCUCUAGUGCUGACGCUGGACGUGGCCCUGCAGUGGAUGGCACUGAAGACGGACCCCAAGGAACCCACCCUGCUGCUGUUCAAGUUCGGGUGGAAAGAGGAACAGAAUAUGAGGAGGAGCUGCGUCUGUGAGAUACCAGGUUUAAGCUACGAACUGGCAGAAUGGAUUGCUGCAAACCUAAGCCACGUGGUGGGAGUGGCCACGGAUGCCCCCACCCUGGAGUCAGAACAGACCAGGGAGUUCACCACCAGGACCAUCACCAAUCUGCUGGGCAGAAGCGGCAUCUACAUGAUAGACAACGUCAACAUGAAAAGGAAAGUGCCAGACACUGGCUGCAUGUCCAUCGCGAUGCCACUCAUGCUACUCAACAGCAACUACGUGCCAACCAGGCUGACAGCCUUCUGUCCCUCAAGGAAGACGGACCAGCGCGUCAUGAUCGCGCUGAAGAAACACGCGGGCGGCGGCAAACGCGUCGCCAGCCGAGUCUAUGACGUCAACUUAGAGGAGAUUAUGAGCUAAAUACAGAUUCCAGAGUGCCCAAAGUGAAUUUCGCGACAGAUAAUAUUCCAAGUUCGCUUCAUUCCGGCGUUUUUAUUAUUCUAGCAUGUUUUCAGUUA